CUAUUCUGGUUUGCCCUUUUUCCUCCGUCAUGUCAGGUCGCGGAAAGCAGGGCGGCAAGGCUCGCGCCAAGGCCAAGACGCGCUCGUCGCGCGCCGGGCUCCAGUUCCCGGUGGGCCGCGUCCACCGCCUGCUCCGCAAGGGCAACUACUCGGAGCGGGUCGGGGCGGGCGCGCCGGUGUACCUGGCGGCCGUGCUGGAGUACCUGACGGCCGAGAUCCUGGAGCUGGCGGGCAACGCGGCCCGCGACAACAAGAAGACGCGCAUCAUCCCGCGCCACCUGCAGCUGGCCAUCCGCAACGACGAGGAGCUCAACAAGCUGCUGGGCCGCGUGACCAUCGCGCAGGGCGGCGUCCUGCCCAACAUCCAGGCCGUGCUGCUGCCCAAGAAGACCGAGAGCCACCACAAGGCCAAGGGCAAGUAGAUCUGGCAGAGUUUCCACCUGCCCAAGCCAAAAGGCUCUUUUCAGAGCCACCCACUUAAUGAACCAAAAGAGCUGUGCCUUUAAGCCAUUGUUGGCAUAGCAAGGUUUAAAUACUGACCUGCAAAAAAGAAGAGGUUGCCUAAGGUAUUUGUGAAUCUGUCACUUGACCCGAGAGUCCCUAAACUGAAGUCUUUGGAAGAAAAAAGACUUGCUUUACUGAACCCACGAGAGCAAAAUUUGGGUAUUCUUGAUUUCUCUGCAGGAUCAAAUGUCCAUCUGGGACACAAACUUGGCAUCCUGUUACUGGGCUACAGCAAGACCUGAGGCCUCAGGGUUAGUUAGAUCCCUAGCACUCUUGGCGGCCUCUCAGAAAAACAGCCCAAGAAAGCUGGGCUGGGAACUUCCAGCAUAUCAGACAGGAAGAAAUCCUGUAGGAUCUGUGCUGCAACAGCCACAGCCUAAACUGCAUAAAAGGGAAUCUCAUGGCUGAGCGGUGGGAGGGUAUUCUCGCAUCCGCCUCUCAGUGUGGAGAGCUGAUUCUAUCCUCUUAAAAGUUUGCUUUGCUGCCUUCCA